UCCAACUUUCACCCGCGACACGAUAGUGGGCCAUGAUGAAGCGCUUCUUCUCGACCGGCAUCAAGAAGAAGUUGACUGUGGAUCAACUCCAUGCUCGUGGUGGCCUUCAGGGCAAGCGAGUGCUGGUGCGCGCGGAUCUGAACGUUCCAUUGAAUAAGCAGGACCCGAGCGUCAUCACCGACGACACACGUAUUCGAGAAGCGUUACCGACGUUGCAAUACUUGCUGCAACGAGAUGCAUCGGUCGUGUUGUGCAGCCAUCUAGGCCGUCCGAAGGGCCAAGUCAACGAAAAGAUGCGCCUAACUCCUGUCGCGAAACGUCUAUCCGAGCUGUUGGGAAAGCCUAUAGUUUCGGUCCACGACUGCGUUGGUCCGGAAGUUGACGUGGCCAAGGCUGCACUUACACAUGGCGAGGUUUUACUUCUCGAAAAUUUGCGGUUCCAUCCACAAGAAGAAGACAACGAUCCUGCUUUUGCCAAGGAUCUGGCCAAGAACAUUGAUGUGUUUGUGAACGACGCGUUUGGCACUGCCCAUCGCGCGCAUGCGUCGACAGAAGGUGUGACCAAGUUCAUUCCAGUCUCGGUGGCUGGCAAACUUCUCGAGAAGGAACUCAAGUACAUGGGUGAAGCGGUGGAAAAUCCCAAGCGGCCAUUGGCGGCCAUCAUUGGCGGUGCUAAAGUGUCGACGAAGAUUUCCGUGCUGGAAUCGCUGUUAGAAAAGUGCGACAAGAUCAUUCUCGGUGGUGGUAUGAUCUUUACGUUCUAUCGAGCCCAGGGCAUCUCGGUGGGCAAGUCGAUUGUCGAAGAAGAUAAGAUCGACCUGGCCAAAGCGCUGCUGGAUAAGGCCAAACAAAGAGGCGUCAAGUUCAUCCUACCCAACGACGUUGUAGUUGCCGACAAGUACGAUGCGAAGGCGGAAUCCAGGGUUGUGAGCAUAUACAACAUCCCAGACGAUUGGCUCGGUCUUGAUAUUGGCCCAGAGACGCAAGGCGUGUUUGAAUCAGAAUUGCUCGACUGUGACACGAUUGUGUGGAACGGGCCGAUGGGGGUGUUUGAGUUUGACAAGUUUGCCGAAGGCACCAACUUUAUUGCCAAAGUCCUUGCGAGCCGCACCCAUGACGGCGCCACCACUGUCAUCGGAGGCGGCGAUUCCGUCGCGGCUGUCGAACAGGCCGGCCUCGCCAAAUUCAUGAGCCACAUAUCGACAGGUGGCGGUGCGAGCUUGGAACUAUUGGAGGGAAAGGUUCUCCCAGGCGUAGCAGCGUUGAAUGAUGAAUAAACAAAGGUUUCGUGUCCCAAA